CAUGGGCCUCAGAGCCAGUUCUGCCCCAUGCUGAGAUGGGGCCGUCCCAGCUAUGGCUGUGGCUGAAGCGGCUCGUGAUAUUCUUGCAGGUCGCCAUGGAGGUGGCUGUGGGCAAGGUGCUAAUGACACUGUUCCCAGGGAGAGUCAAGCAGAGCAUCUUGGCCAUGGGCCAAAAGACCGGGAUGGCCAGUAACCCCCGAUUUGCCCCAGAAAACUGGGUGCCGACCUUCUUCAGCAUCCAGUACUUCUGGUUUGUCCUGAAGGUCCGGUGGCAGAGACUGGAAGACAGGGCUGAGUGUGGGCGCUUGGCCCCCAACUGCGCCGUAGUUCGCCUCUCGGGACAGAAGUGCAACAUCUGGGAUUUCAUUCAAGGCAACAGGCCACUGGUGUUGAAUUUUGGCAGUUGCACCUGACCUUCAUUUCUUCUCAAAUUUGACCAAUUCAAGAGCCUUGUAGACGAUUUUGCCUCCACAGCAGAUUUCCUCAUAAUUUACAUCGAAGAAGCUCAUGCGACAGAUGGCUGGGCUUUUAAGAACAACGUGGACAUCAGACAGCACCGGACCCUCCAGGACCGCCUGCGGGCGGCACACCUGCUGCUGGCCAGGAGCCCCCAGUGUCCCAUCGUGGUGGACACAAUGCAGAACCAGAGCAGCGAGUUCUACGCAGCUCUGCCUGAGAGGCUUUAUGUGGUCCAGGAGGGCAGGAUCCGCUACAAGGGUAAACCUGGCCCUUGGAACUACAAGCCAGAGGAAGUUCGCGCUGUUCUGGAAAAGCUUUGCACAUCACCUGGACACAUGCCUCAGCUCUAGGGGAGCAGCAGGAGGGUUCCCCAAGCUUGGUACUCCCCCACACCAGUCCAGGUGUCUUUUAUCUUUGACCUGUACUCCCAGAUUAAUUACUAGCUCAGAUUCUUUCUGAUCUAAAUAAAUAACUCCCAGGGAGGCAGUGCAGCUCACAGC